UUUAGAUAACAAAAAUGAAAAAAUUGAAAUAUUUUCGAUUUCGAUAAAAUUUUGAUUUACGAAUAGAAAGUACAUUUUUAAAAUUUGAGUGAGAUGUCUUUGACGUGAUCUUGAAAGGAGUUUAUGGCAUUCUAUCUUACCUGUAUAGGAUGGAAGAGGAGAAUCGCGAAAACCAAGAUUUUGAUGAUAGUCAUCUGACCCACGAAGAAUUGAAAAAAGUAACUGAAUCAACUUUGAACGAAUUACUCAAGACCAACUAUGUUCUUCAAGAUUUACCUCAAGAUGUCACAUUAGAGGAAGUCGAAGCUCAGAUUGCGGUUCUUCAUGGUCGUUCUAUGACUGUAUGCAUUGCAAGGGAUAAUGACAUUAUUCCGGUGAUCGUUAAGCAGAAAAAUUCGACGGUUUCUGACUUGAAACGAGCUUUCCAAAGAGCCAUGACACUGAAACUCCGCAGAGAAGGUGAAAAAUGUAAGAUCAGUUGGAAGUAUAUUUGGCGUGUUAACGUAUUAUCUUGCGAUGGUGUCAAGUUGGAUUCGAACAACAAAUUUUUAGAAGAGUACGGUGUUGGAAAUAAAUCCAAAGUUAUAUUUCAGCCAAAAAUCAAAGAGAAACCGUCUAAACAGUUCAGAAAGCGGUAGAAUGCAAUCUUCAGCUCGCAUAUCAUACAUCUGGAUGCUUUUUCAUCAUCAGCCAACCGACAUGUGAGAAGAAAAGACCCCUGUUGGAAUUAUGCGGGUCAGCGUCCGUUUCACUGAAUUUAUGGUGUACUCUGUGAUCUCUAACCCAUUCGUGCUCACUAAUUUAUACUACAACGUACCUGACCAGCUACUGUAUAACAAAAAAGUAAGAAGAUUUUCAGCGGUAAUUUAGCUUUGUAUGAUCGAUGAGCCCAAAGUCUAUGAACUCCUGCUGUUAUCCCAAAACCACCAACUUCGCCGACAAAUAUUCCUGCCAUCAUUUAAUAAACGUUGUGCAAAUUUCCGAUACCUUUUUUUUUCACUUUUAAAAACAUUAAUAAUUUAUGUACUUACCCCAGAAAAUUGUUAAAAAUUUAGCUUUCGUUACGUAUAUAAUAAAUGUGUAAGCUGCUAUUAAAUGGAAUAAGGUAAUAAAGAAAACAUUCAACCAAA